GCCCAUUGAGCGGAUCGGCAUCACGGUCUCACCUACACCUCUGCUCAGAGUCGCGACGCCCCUCCCUCUCCCGGUCCACACCGAUAAAUGGGUUAAUGCUGUCACCAGGAGAAGACAAAUGAACCGAGCACACACAACAGGAGAUCCCUUUCUCCCGAACUAGCCCCUCUUCGCUCGCCGUUGCUGCUUUAUCGAUUGAGAAGAAACAUUCUCCUUAAUUUGUUUUUGAGAAAAUAUUUGAUCUGCAAGCUUUAUUGAGACAGAGAAGCGGACUGGUAUCACCGGCGCUCCAGAUCCGUGGGCGACUGGGCAGGGAGGUGUCUGUCGGUCUGUCUGCUGCAGGAGUGAAUCAUUGCGUCGGGGCUCGGAAGAUUAGACACCCCGCUUAUCACCACUCCAACUCCCGGAGGUCUCUGAUGGUAUUUGGAGAUAGAGACGGAUAAGUGAGCCAAUUGAAAUAGAUUACAGCUAAGCUGAUAUCGUCUGUGCACCUAUCAAGUAGCCUGCCCUAUAGGAUUUUAAAUUGGUUUUUAAAAAGGCACUACAAGUCUCACUGGAGACUUGGAUCAGUGACGUUUUGGCGUUUGCCAUAUCAGGUGAUCUUGAAGAGUGAAAAGAAAAGAUUUGAAGAUCAUUACAUUUUGGGGGGAUCCCAAUCACUUCCAGAAAAUAGCUGUCUGACAUGAGUGUAAACAGAGUCGAGUCUGGGUGACCCCCCUAGCCUGAUAAAAACGGAUUGAAUCUUAAUUGACCGGAUCAGCGUCUUUACAGAGAGAAGAUGCCGUUCCACCACGUCAGGUCUACUCUGCUCUACACUGGAAGUCUCCUGAGCCGGACACUGUCUGAAGGGAGCGAAACCUUCCAACUCACCAGCAUCUCCACAGAGGAGCUAGGAGAGAUCCGGGAGGCGUUCCGGGUGCUGGACCGGGAUGGGAACGGGUUCAUCUCUAAGCAGGAGCUGGGCAUGGCUAUGAGAUCCCUGGGGUACAUGCCCAGUGAGGUGGAGCUGGCCAUCAUCAUGCAGAGACUAGACAUGGAUGGUGAUGGUCAGGUUGACUUUGAGGAGUUUGUGACGAUAUUGGGACCCAAACUGCUGUCGUCUGAGACCAGAGAAGGUUUCCUUGGAAGCACCAUCGAUAACAUCUUCUGGCAGUUUGACAUCCAGCAGAUGUCCCUGGACGAGCUGAAGCAGGUUCUGUUUCACGCAUUCCGAGACCACCUGACGAUGAAGGACAUCGAGAACAUCAUCAUCAACGAAGAGGAGAGCCUCAACGAGACAGGGAACUGCCCCGAGUACGAGGGAGUCCACCCUAAGAAGAAGAACAGACAGACAUGCGUGAGGAAGAGCCUGAUCUGCGCCUUUGCCAUGGCCUUCAUCAUCAGCGUCAUGCUCAUCGCGGCCAAUCAGAUGCUGCGGAACGGCAUGGAGUAAGCCAAUCACACUGUGAGCCUGGGGAGUGGGCCUUACAGUUAAAUGACCUCACUUCCUCUCUCUGCAGCAAAAACAGGAAGACAGACCAGCCAGAACCCAAACACCUCUGUGAAGGACAACUAUCUGUUAUUUUAAUGACGUUUGUUUUGAUUUAUAUCAUGAACAGUAAACAGACAAGAGAGUGCAAGUACUGAAGGACGCACACGGAAAAUGUCAUUUUCAGUGGAAAAAAAGACUAAUCAAAUCAAAAACACUAAGAGGACUUGAUGAACAGACUGGACAUGAUACAAAGCAAUCUUUUAUAUGUUGUGGGCAUAAAGGGUUUCCUUUAAUUUCUGUAUCAGAGAAGGCCACCCCUUUAAGAAUGAUUUUCUAACCACCCCUUUAAAAUAAAUGUUUUUUUUUAACCUUCUAUUUAAAAGAUCAAUUGUCUAAUCAAAAGCAAUCUAUUGAACAUGCAUCAGGUGCUUUCAGCCAUUCCUAAUUUUUAACUGAACUUUUGGUUCUGGGUUUACUUCAGGAGGGAAACAUUACCUGACUAGCGCUUCUGCUGUUUAAUGUUUUAAACUGUAUCUAAACGUGUUAAUCAGUUAUUUUUUAUUAUUAUUCUACUAUCUUAUAUUUACAUGUUAUAGUCACUCACCUGUGGACAUUAUACCAAUGUAUGUUUACACUGUAACAGAGAUGGUUCGCGACUUGAGGACAAACUCGUGUUAGCUCCCAGAACAAACCCCUAGGCUUUAGCUCAGCUGACUUCCAUAGUCUUAAAUCACAUAGGCAUCAUUCUACACCUGACAUUCCCUCCCUCACAAUGUUGCUACAGUAUAGUCUACUGUCUGUCUGUCUCUAUGUCUGUCUGUAUGCACUGCAUGUGACUCAGUGGAUAUUUAAAGGCACUGUAUGUAUGUACAGUAUUUACCGUAUGUUGUGUCACUCUACGUGUCCAUAGGGCGGUGUUCUGUGUCAACUGUCCCCAAAGGCUUGGAACAUGAACCACCUGGCCUUCUUGGUCCAUGAAUAAUAAGGUUGUGGUCUGAAAUGUCUUUGACCAGGCCAUGUAAAAUUGCUUUUCAUUCCAGAAAGUUGUUGUUUUCCCCCCUCAGCCCACGUUCACUCGCCUUCACAGAUCUGACAGGACUGACUGGAUGGAUGAAUGCAACAUGGUGGAAAGUCCACCUCCUGUCCAAUCUGACUGGAUGGAUGGAUGAAACAUAUCCAAUCUGACUGGAUGGAUGGAUGAAACAUAUCCAAUCUGACUGGAUGGAUGAAUGCAACAUUUUGGAAAGUCCACCUCCUAUCCAAUCUGACUGGAUGGAUGAAAGCAACAUGGUGCAAUCUCCAGCAUUUAUCCAAUCUGAAGGCUGGUUUUCUUGGCACCUACUGUACCAGGGCCCAUAUUCACAAAGCAUCUCAAGAGUAUGACGGCUGUUCGAGGAUCAGUUUUCCCUUUUAAAUCAUAAUCAUUAGGAUUAUAUAGACAGGGAGGGGGUGCUGAUCCUAGACUGAAUACGGGCCCAGUCAGAUGUCUUAGAUCUGUGAAAUGGACUAGGGGAGUGAACGAGGUAGGGCAGAGGAAGAGAAGCAACCUUUUAUGAUGAACUGCACACUCAGACCAGGACAGAUCAAAUAUUUAUACUAAAAUAUAUAUUCCAUUACCUCUACAUCAAUAUGCAUGUAGCUACUAUUUUAGUAUUCCUUUCCUUUUGAGGAUGAAGGUUAAAAUCAAUUCAACCUUUCCUAUGGCCUUGAUUUUAAAUGUGUGUACUGUGUGUAUGAACUACUGUCACAUUUUACUUUCAGAUUUAUACUGAAUUCUCUAUUUAUUCCAGCUAUUAAUCAAAUCAGAAUGCAGAGGGGAAUAUUUGGUCAUAAAUAUGCAAAUACAAGGUCACAUGGCCAUAAUCACCACCGAGCUGUUUCAUCUCUUUUACACUGCAUUGUCAUAGGACUGCAUGACUCACUGAGGCCUGGGGACACAUGUAUCAAGCGUCUCUGAGUAGGAGAGGCUGAUCUAUGGACAGGAUGGAGCUGAUCAGUACUGCUACUCCUAAAUACAUACUGUUCUUCACACAGUAACGUGUUCAAGUCAAAGUAUAUCCAUUUUCAGAGGUCUUUUCAUUGUUGAAAUGUUUUCACUCUCAAUACCACAUGUUUAGGCUACUAUAAUAUAUAGAUAUGUUUGGCCAUGUAGUGUAGUUCUUCACACUCAAAGUCUGUCUCAGAUAUCUAAAUAUAUUUAUAUGUGAUUGCAGAGGAACAUUCUGGCCCAUUGGUACAUUAGUCUAUUAUUGUUAUAAGCCAUUAUGGUCCCUGACACCAGCAUCUAAUCGUAAUGUGUAUGUAUAUUAGUCAUAGUUUUAAUAUUGUAAAUGUUUCUGUCAUAUAUUUUUCAACCUGGUAAAGGGGAUGUACUUGGGCUAAGAGAGAGCGUCUAUAACCAGCACUGGUGGUUUGGAGACCUGUGGUUUUGCGAUCAAUGGAGGCUGGUGGAAGGAGCUAUAGAAGGACAGGCUCAUUUUAAUGUCUGGAAUGGAAUAAAUGGAACAGAGUCAAACAUUUGGUUUGCAUAUGUUUGAUACCGUUACAUUUAUUCCAUUCAAGCCUUUACAAUGAGCACAUCCUCCUACAGCUCCUCCCACCAGCCUCCAUUGUUUGAGAUUAUAUAAAUGUCAAAAAAAUAUGUUUAUGUAUUACACAGAGAUAAAUCUAGAAAGAAAGAAAAACAGCAAUAUUAAUGAUGGUAACAUUCAAAUAAAGAUAUGUAGUCUGUAUAAACAUAAUCAACCUGUGGUUAUGCAAUAAAAUCUUUUUUAUAUAUAUAGAAACAAAAAAAAA